GUUGGGGCGCCUCGGGCUGCAGAUUGUGCUGUGCGGGUCAGCGAGGUCAUGGCUUCGCGCUCCGUCACUCUUGGCAUUGAUCUGGGCACCACGUCUGUGAAGGCGGCCCUGCUGGGGGCUGCGCCCAGCGACCCAUCUGAAUUCGUGGUACUGGCGAGCUGUGCCCGGGCAGCGCGGGCAGAGGUGGCGGCAGAGAGCACGGCGGCUGGGCCCCAGGGACGGGAGCAGGAUGUGAGUAGAAUCAUCCAAGCCUUAAGUGAGUGCCUUGCUGCCCUUCCUCGGCAGCAGCUCCAGAAUGUCAAGGGCAUUGGAGUGUCGGGACAGAUGCACGGAGUCAUGUUUUGGAAAACAGGCCGAGGCUGUGAAUGGACAGAAGGAGGACCCACCACUGUAUUUGAGCCCAGAGCUGUGAGCCACCUGGUCACGUGGCAGGAUGGCCGCUGUAGUAGCAGGUUCCUGGCCUCUCUGCCCCAGCCAGAGUCCCAUCUCAACGUGGCCACUGGUUUCGGCUGUGCAACCAUCUUCUGGCUUUUGAAAAACUGCCCAGAGUUCCUGAAGUCCUACGAUGCAGCUGGCACCAUCCACGACUACGUGGUUGCCAUGUUGUGUGGCUUGCCGAGACCCCUAAUGUCUGACCAGAAUGCUGCUAGCUGGGGAUAUUUCAACACCCAGAGCCAAAGCUGGAACUUGGAGAUACUGAGGAACUCAGACUUUCCCACCCACCUGCUCCCAGACAUUGCAGAGGCAGGCAGUGUGGCAGGAAGAACUUCCCACAUGUGGCUUGAAAUCCCAAAGGGGACACCAGUGGGUGUGGCCAUGGGCGAUUUACAGGCCUCUGUCUAUUCUUGCAUGGCCCAAAGGACAGACGCAGUUCUCAACAUUAGCACCUCGGUUCAGCUGGCAGCCUCCAUGCCCUCAGGAUUCCAGCCAGCACAGACCCCAGACCCUGCGGCACCAGUCGCCUACUUCCCCUACUUCGACGGGACCUACCUGGGAGUGGCAGCGUCUCUCAAUGGGGGCAAUGUGCUGGCCACGUUCGUCCACAUGCUGGCUCAGUGGAUGGCAGAUCUAGGCCUAGAGGUUGAAGAAUCGGCAGUGUAUUCACGUAUGAUCCAGGCAGCUGUUCAGCAGAGAGACACCUGCCUGACCAUCACCCCAACGGUAUUGGGGGAGCGGCACCUGCCGGAUGAGCUGGCCUCAGUGACCCGAAUCUCCUCCUCUGACCUCUCCCUGGGGCAUGUGACCCGGGCCCUGUGCCGAGGCAUUGUUCAGAAUCUGCACUCGAUGCUUCCAUUUCAGCAGCUCCAAGAGUGGGGUGUGGAGCGGGUGAUGGGGAGUGGGAGUGCGCUGUCCAGGAACGAGGUGCUGAAGCAGGAGGUGCAGAGGGCUUUCCCUUUGCCAGUGUCCUUUGGGCAGGAUGUGGACGCAGCUCUCGGGGCAGCUCUGGUCAUGCUCCAAAGAAACCUCAACCAGAAGGAGUCUUAGCAAACACUUUGGCCAAAGGACUGCUGUGAAUUUUAUGUGAUUUUAACAUUCCUGACACCAUCUUUGGGUCAUCCUUUUCCUGACAGUUCUGUGGACAGCUUUUAAGCAACAUUUGUCAUGAGGCACCGUCUUGACCAAGAACUUACCUUCAAGACAUACUCUAAUAAUGCAGCCAGGAAUCACCAACCAGAUCCCAAACCAGUGCCUUCUAAAAGAGACCUCCGAGCUGUUUGCAAAUGUGUGUGUUUGUGAGCGUGAGUUUGUAUGUUUGGGGAGGGGAGAAGAGAACAGGAGCCCAGGUUCCUGUUCAGCAGGCUCAUCUCUGGUUCCUUUGUAGACAGAGAGAAAAUAAAUGUGAACUUCAGACACCAAAAUGGCUGGUGGCUGUGACUCCAAGUGAGAAAAGAAGACCCACCCCAUGUCCAAAUUUUUGGAUUAUUUUUAGAGACACGAAGCCCAGACUUGGGUCAUAUGCAGUGCAGGAAAAGUCCUUCCCUACUGGAUUGUACCAUGUGAUCUAGAGGCCUCUUUCCUAGCCUCAUCCUCUCUAGUCCACAGCUGGUUAGCUGAGGUAGGGGGUGGCCCAAAUAUAAUAAAGCGGGCUGGCUCAUACGACAGUGCAGAGGUCUGUGCUGGCCUCUUGCUGUGUGUGCUUACCCCCAGGUGCACUGGGGCUGCCCCAGGUCCUCACAACAUAGCUGGCUUGACAGCACAUCAUAGGUGAAGAAGGCACAUCAUAGCCAGCACCACUGGACAGGUUCCUAAGAAUCUGGCAAGGCACUGACAGGGCUCUUUCCUAGGAGUGCAUUUGCGCAGCAGUAUGUUUUUGCCUCUGCACAUCCCUAGAAUCCUUCAUGGGAAGGGUUGUGGCCAGGCAGACUCCUGCUGGAGGGAGUGGCUAGUUUUAUCAGAGAUCAGCCCUUAUCCUACAGGCCCCAGCUCUUUUUUACUUGGUGUGGGCCUCGAUGGCCCAUCGUGUGUUCCUGGCUCAGAAAAAGCAGCCCCAUGAGCCAGCAUCUCUGUAGGGGCCCCAGAGCAUCUUAAGUCUUCCUGUGGUGGGCAGGGAGGGAUGGCUGUGGAAUGGCUCCACAAGAGGGUUGCCGUUGCCGCAUCUGCUUCCAGACUCCCAAAGGACUCCAGGCUUGGACUGGCCUGGCACUGAGCCAUCCAGGCUACUGUGAGUUUGGGAAGAAGUCAUAUUUUCUCUUAAUAAAUGUCAUUUUACAAAUUAUGCAAUUGUCUGAAGCUCUUAGAGUAAGGCAAAUACUUGAGCAUGCUGAUUGAAUUUCAGGUACUAAACCUCAUUCCUUUAGAGCAGUGAUUUUCAACCUGUGUGCUGUGGCACAGUGAUGUGCUAUGAGAGAAUCACAGGGGUGGCACGAGAAAAAUUUUAAAGAUCAUUAAUUAAAUUAACUUUGAAAGAAAUUCAAAAAGCAUGGUAUGUAUAUUCUUCUUUGUGCUCUUUUUUUUUUUUGGAAUCAACAUAAUUUAAGUGUGCCGUGGAAGUUUAACUAUAGGUUCA